AUGAUAUGCGAAAAGGACCUCGAUCGUGAUUUAAAUGAUUCAGCAGAACUAAGCGACGAUGAUUCGAGUUCACUGAAUUUCUGGGACGCCGAGAACGAAGGAGAAGAACCCUUGACCAUCAGUGAAGAAAGUUCUUCAGCCGAAGAACAGGAAAAGGCAACUGAACCCGAAACAUCGACAACGUUGAGAAGAUCCAAGAGGAAACCUGUUCCAAAGGAAUUUAGAGACUUCAUAACAUACAGCGCGAUGGCCUUUGGUUCACCUGACCCUAUCACACUUCAGGAGGCAAUUGAAAGUGAAGAGUGUGACUCAUGGCAGCAAGCGAAGAAAAGCGAAUUCAACGCUCUCACUGAAAAUAAAACCUGGAAACUUGUUGAUCUUCCACCAGGUAGGAAACCCUUGAAAAACAAAUGGGUCUUCAAAACAAAAAGGGAUUCAAAUAACGACGUCGAACGAUAUAAAGCUCGAUUAGUUGUAAUAGGCUUUUCGCAAAUUAGAGGUUUGGAUUACGAAGAAACUUAUUCUCCUGUAGUGAGAUAUGCAAGCAUACGCUUACUCCUUGCCCUCGCCGUAAAAAUGGAUCUUGAAGUUGACCAUUUAGAUGUAGUUACAGCCUUCCUACAAGGUGAUUUGACAGAAGAAUUAUACCCAUCGCCGCCAUCAAUCGACGCCGAAAGUCGCCGAAAGACGCUUAUUGUUUUAUCAACAACGGUACCGCCGCCUCUUACAACGAUGCCGCCGUCUCAAGCGAACGAAGUCGGUCCUCUCAAGCGAACGAAAACCAUUACAGGCAGCGAAGAGAACGUGCUCUCGUACGAGGCCGUGCAGCAGCUGACGAUACAGUACACGCGUCCCGUGAUUGUUCUCGGACCGCUCAAGGACCGCAUCAACGAUGAUCUCAUCUCCGAGUUCCCUGACAAAUUCGGCAGCUGUGUUCCACACACUACUAGGAGUAGAAGAGAAUACGAAGUGGAUGGGCGGGAUUAUCACUUCGUGGCGUCGAGGGAGCAAAUGGAGAGGGACAUACAGAAUCAUUUGUUCAUAGAGGCUGGACAAUAUAACGACAAUCUUUACGGAACAUCUGUUGCGUCUGUGCGAGAAGUUGCUGAAAAGGCCAAGCACUGUAUUCUUGAUGUGAGUGGGAAUGCGAUCAAGAGGUUACAAGUAGCGCAACUCUAUCCUAUUGCCAUCUUCAUCAAGCCGAAAUCAAUCGAGUCUGUCAUGGAGAUGAACAAGAGGAUGACCGAGGAACAGGCGAAGAAGACGUACGAACGUGCGCUCAAGAUGGAGCAAGAAUUUGGUGAAUACUUUACUGCCGUCGUUCAAGGGGACACUCCCGAGGAGAUCUACGUGAAGGUGAAGGAGGUCAUCUCCGAGCAGUCAGGACCGAACAUCUGGGUUCCCUGCAGGGAUCAGCAGCUGUGACGUCCUGCCCCCCACGCUCAGCACGGGCCCAACGCCUGGACCCUGCCGCCGAGGCGACAAGCUUAAUUAUUCACGAUAAAUACGAUUAAGUAAUGCUCUAACACCCUUUCCUGAUCCCUCCUUCCCUCCCGUAUCCAAUGUAGCACAAAGAGUCCCUACUUAAAACGAACGUAACACGACGUGAAUCGCCGCAGAGAAUUUUAAGCCGAAGGAUUACUUAAACCGAUGGGGCACACGAUAUCACCGGCCACUUCCCCGAGGAGAAUUGAUAAAGUCGAUUGGGACGCGCGAUUUGUUCUCCUCCAACUUCAAAAUCGAGCGAAAGAUCGUCGAGUGGGAGGGGGAAACGAGGAGGGGAUCCGAGCACAUCGUGUAGAAUUUUAUCGCAACCCAUGUCUCUGGUAAACUAAAAGAAAAAAAAAAAAGAAGACCGAAAGAAAUUCGGAACUUUUAUCGCAUGAUCGUCGGAUUAUUCGUGUGUGAUUGUCCCUAAUUUUAUUAAUUAACCUUGCGAGAGAAUUUAGAGGCGUUGUACAAUUGCUCGAGAAGAUUAGAUCCGGGGUGCGCCGAAGGUUGGCGGGCAAACUCGGAAGAGCUCUCUCGGACUCGACCGAGCUAUCAGCCGCGAAACGCGAACGCUUUUUCGGUCGUGCUCGGGCGCGGUAUUUUUUAAAUGUACUUAAGCGCAAUUAGCGCGCCGAGAACGUCGUGCGAAUUCGGCGAGCUCGUUUUGUUCUUUUUGGCAAAAGGGGGGAAACCGCGGGUGGGAGAGAGAACCGUAGCCCCGACGACGUUGUGUAUGUGUUAACGAACCCACGGGAUUAAGAGAAACAGUGGAAAAACAAGAAAAAGCAGAAAAAAAAGAGAAAAGAAAACCUCACAGGACAAAUCUUUAGAUGCUAGAUACACAUAACGAUAUAUAAUGUUUUGUACAGCUAGACGACUAAGCCAGUAACUGGGUCAUGUGCAACAUUAUAUUUGCGGAGUGGGCGAUGCGAGGGGAGAGAAAAGAAAACGAGAGAAAGAGCAAAAAACACUAUUGUAAUUUAAAUAUCACCACUAAAUUAUUAUUAUAGUAGGUAUUAUUGUAAAUACAUAUAUUAUAUACUCGCGUGUAUUGAGACGGAGGGGCGUAGUAGGUGGAGGCUCGAGGAGGGAAAGAGGAACCUGGCGAGAGGUUCUUCCUUCGCGGUUACACGGUGUCACUCGGCAUCCUGACGAGAUGAGGAAUUGUCACGCCGCACAGUCGCGUUUCCCAGCGAAGAGCUUCGGCGCGAGCGUAUAGGUGUAUGCCGCUCCUUCGUAUCAUAAGAUAUAGUUCUUGGCACCGGAUCAGCAGGCAGUCGUCGCUGAUCGAUACGUGAGGUCUAGCUCUACACGAGAGUCUCCGGUGCAUCCGGCUGAAGGCGGGCGGAGGGAGGGAAAAUCACGCUCGGUUAUGUACUUACGAUACCGCGGGGGAGUCACGAAAGGCGCGAACGGACAAAGCUGCGGCGACACGGGAAGAGGAGAGGACCGCGGAUGCGGCGGCAGAUCGGGCUCCGUCGUCGAAGUACCGAGAGCUAUAGAAUUUGCCGAACAAUAGUUGAAGCGAAGACUUCCUUCGUCGACAAACUCGCGCCCGGAAUUCGGCUGUCGAUAUAGAAAAAUCCCCUCGCUUGGCCUUCGCUCGUUCAUCGGGCUGCGAGGCCGCGAUCGCGUGCCACUACACGCACAAUGCUUUUGUCCGCUUGCUCCUUCCGUUUCCGUAGCAUUAAUCAUGCGCGAGGAGGUGUAAUUGAUUCUCCCCACGUGACACGAGCGGAAAAUCGAAUUGUUGCGGAGCACGAGGUGUCAUUACGAUAAUUUAAUUGUAAUAUAGCCACGUUGUUGUCGUGAUUUGGAUAUGCGAGUCGCGAUCACGAGAGACGAUGAUGAUGAUGAUGAUGAUAAAUGAUGAUGACGUAGCCAACGUAUGCGAGCGCGACACGCGACGAUCACUCCUGUCGCCUGGAAUAGAGAGCCGAACGUUUUCUUUCCCUUAUUUCGUAGUAACGUUCGCUCGCGGGGAACGAUAAUAUCGCGCGGACACGCUUUCGGGCUAUUUUUCUUUUCCUACCGCGAGUCCUAGAUUAUUAAUUAAGCGCGAUUAUCAUACGAGAUAGUACGAGGUACGAAGCGACGAGCUUCGGCUUGUGCCUGAAGGACAGAAGGCCUGGCUUCGCCGAGUUGAAAGAUAUCUGUCUCGAUGUGUAAAAGACCGUAUAUAAAGAGAAUAAUUACCGCAGACACCUAUUAUACACCUCUAUAGUCUAUUUAAUAAUAUUACUUAUUAAAUUGUCAAUCUCAUGUUCACCUUGUUUCAUCGUUUUUAAAUAGUUAAUAAACGUUUUACCAAUUUUA